GGCGAGUGACACCGCCCCGGGCGCAGGUGCCACCGGCCGGGCCAGGGUUUCUGCUGGCGGCGGACAGGGUCGGGAGGACGAAGCGCAAACCCCAGCGAGCCAGGAGACGACGAGGCAGCGAUGGCCCGGGAGUUGAGCCAGGAGGCACUGCUGGACUUUCUGUGCCAGGCCGGGGGCCGAGUGGCCAACGCCGCCUUGCUGAGCCACUUCAAGAGCUUUCUCCGAGACCCCAACACGUCCCCCGGCGAGCACCAGCGCCGCCGCGAGCUUUUCAAGGGCUUCGUCAACUCAGUCGCCGCAGUGCGCCAGGACCCCGACGGCACCAGGUACGUGGUGCUGAAGAGGAGGUUCAGGGACCUUUUGGGGGAGGAGGGGCUGCAACGACCCCGCGACCCGCCCGCGGCCGCCGCCCCUGCAGGGGGAGCUGCGCCGGGUUCCCCGCGAGGCGCGCGCAGUGGGGAGCGGCCGCCGCAGCACCGGCGGCGGCGACGCGAAAAGGAGCCAGAGGAGGAGCCAGCAGGUGCCGCAGCUGCAGUCGCCGGCGCAGGUUGCAAUGGACUCCCGGCCGGCGGCGCCCGGGAGGCGGCCCGGAGAGGCGGCGAGCGCCGGGGCAGCGCUGGCUACAGGGCGCCGGAGCCCGAGGCUGCGCGAGCGGUUGCCCAGACCGGAGCGAGGUGCGCGGCGGAGGAGACGCAGGGCCGCCCCUGCUGGGAAUGCCUCCAGAACGGCCAGGGGGCACCUCCGGGCGCGCCGCUGCUCCGCGCAGUCCCUGACCCCGCCACUGCCGGGAAGAAGCGAGCGCGGGGUCCGCCGGCCCAGGAGAAACGAGGGACCCCCAGGCAGCAGCGGGAACAGGCACCCGCUGAGCCCGCGCGGGUGCCCUCAGAGUCCCGCUCGCCCCCUACAACGGUCGAAGCUGCUGGGAGUCGAGCUUCCCCUCCUGCUCUCGCGUCCUGCCCCGCUUCCCCAGGAGAACUGUUGGAAAUGCUGACUCCGGGCUCUCAGCCUUACUCGACCCUGCAGCAGCAGCAGCAGCGCACACGAGAAUGGGUGGCCAGACACCCCCAGAUAUCCGAAGCCCGAGAACGGGGUCCCAGCCGAGUAUGGUCAGUGCUGCCAAAUGACUUUCCCCGGCUGCCCUCUGAGUUGGGCUUUUGCAUCUCCGAACCGAACCCAGCGCUGCAGGACUCCACGCUUCCUUCGCACUCCCUCUUUCCCCUUACUCCUGACUCCUUGCCCGGGAACUCUCCAGUGACAGUCUUUCGUAGCAUUCGCUCUCAGCUGGCCCUCCAAGAUUUGGAUGACUUUGUGGACCAGGAGAGCCACAGCAGCGAGGAGAGCAGCAGUGGGCCUGACGAGUCCCCGGGGGCUUCUGAAGAAGGGCUGCAGGUUGCCCUGGGAACCCCAGAUUGGAGAAAGCUGAGGAAUCCAGAUGGGGGCCUUGCUCCAAAGGAGGGCAGUUCCUGCAAGAGCCCACAGCAGAACGUCAGCAACAGACGUGAAGGCCACACCUCUCAGCAGGUCCUAACAGGAGGUAAUGGCCUUGCAGACCAUCCCCAGGAGCCUCUGCCCUCGCCAGGCCCCAAGUUAAGGAGAUCUCUCAGGAGGAGCUUUCAGGCAGGGAGAGCCAAAUUGUCCUCCUCCGAUGAGGAGCACCUUGAGGAGGACUUGAAAAGGAGUCGGCGCCCACUACGGUUCAGGAAGCUCUCCAAGGCAGCAGCAGUGUCCAGCCCUAGGGUGGAUGCUCCUUUGACACCAAAAACUUCGGACAUGAAGUCUGCUGUUGCUGGUGGGGGUCACCCACACAACUCAUGGCCUCGGGUUGGGGAGGAAUCGUCAGCCUUGGUCCCCCACAGGGUUUCUGAGCACAAGUCAUCCCUGGUUCCCUUAGAUGUCAGGGAGCAUGAGUGGAUUGUGAAGCUUGCCAGUGGCUCUUGGAUUCAGGCCUUGGCUUUGUUCUGGCAGGACCCUCAGCUGGCUUUGCACAAAGACUUCUUGACUGGGUUUACUGCUUUGCACUGGAUAGCCAAACAUGGUGACCUCAAGGCCCUUCAGAAAUUUGUCUCAGGGGCACAGAAAGCAGGGAUUGCUCUUGAUGUAAAUGUGAAGUCCAGUUGUGGAUAUACCCCUCUGCAUCUUGCAGCCAUUCACGGCCACCAGGGGGUCAUGAAAUUGCUAGUACAAAGGUUGGCUUCUCGGGUGAAUGUCCGGGACCACAGUGGGAAGAAGCCAUGGCAGUACCUGACCAGUAAAACCUCUGGGGAAAUAUGGCAGCUACUGGGAGCCCCUCUGGGUAAGCCCAUUUUCCCGGUUUAUCCCUUAGUCCAAAGUUCUUCCCCCACCAGGAAGGCAAAGAGCCGGGAUAUACCUAGAAAUGUGACUCGAAAGACUUCUUUGGCUGCGCUCCUCAAAAAUCAGCAGAACAAAUGGAAAUUGGCCAACCAGUAUGACAAAUACCCCAUUCCACGGGAAAGAGAAGAGUAUAGUGACUGAGUUGGGUUUCUCUGUCCAACAUGCAGCCACCACUGUAUCUUUGAACUCUUUGGUGAGGGAAUUCAUGGGGAACAGAAAAAUCGUCAAGCAGUUGUUAAAGCUCAAGUGAGAUGGUCUACUGGGUAUUUACCUCCCUGGAUUUUAUAUCAGUGCAUCCUGGACCUCCGGAGUCAUCUAAGCUUGCUGAUGGCUCAAGACAAGGGUAAAAUUGGGUGCUUAAAACCCAGGAGGUGUUCUUCCUUUUUCCUUGCCACCAUGGGUCUGGGCACAGUAAACCACAUUGUUUCUUGAAGCAGUCUUGGCUAGAAGAGGGAACAGAUGUCUAAUAAAAAGAGAGGCAAUUCUAGGAAUUGAUGAAGCUCAGACAAAAUCCUUGCUGGCUGGUAGCUCUUUGGCUUCUAUUCAUUUGGAGAGUGAAUCUUGGCUAAGAGUGGAAAGCACCAGGUUUAAAGUCAGAUGGCUGCUGUUCUUUCUUUUUUUUUUCCCCCUUUGGCAUUCAAAUCAGUGAAAUCAGAUUAUAACUGGAGAGUAGAAUUUGAUUUAAGAGAUUCCCCAGCCCUGUCCUCAGGGCUUCUUUGAAUGCAAACCAAUGGUGGCUAAUUCGUAAAAUGAUCAGUACCCUAUUUUAGUCCCUUCUACUCUCAGAAAAACAGUUGGGUAAGAUGACUAAAAUUCAGGUCCUGCUUAUUUUUUAAGUCAACCUAAGGGGAAUCUUCCAAAUGUAAAAACUGUGUGGCUCAUUUGUACGAUGUCUGAGUCCAUCUUUCAUGGAAACACCCUGCGUAUUAAACAGCAGUUUUCAAUAAGUGUAUGACCAAGAUUCAUACUCUUAAAAAUAGAGAAGUGAUUUGACUCUGGGGAAGUAAUAAGGGUUAAGAGGUCAAUGCCUCCCCACCAGGAAUUUUCUAAGCUGCUAAAUAUAAUUUUAUUUGCACUAAACUUGUUGCCAAUUAAGAUUAAAUAUUAGUCUUAAAGUGCUGUUUAUCUACAGGAAGUGUUCCUUAUAAUUGCUUGUGGUGGGACUAAUCUUUGUGGGUCCAUGGAAAAAAAAGAAUGGCUAGUCUAUAAAUAUCUAUAGAACAUCAAGAUUUCAGAAUAUAAAUUGAAAGUAGCCUAAAAGAUUCAAUGUCCAUGUGAAGAUUUGUUCAUUUUUCUAUGGAAAUGUUUCCAUGUGCUGUGGCAAUGAUGUUGUAUUUUAAAAGUAUUUUUGUUAUUCCCUUUCCAUUAAAAUACCAACACAUCUUUAUAAUUUAUUGUGCUAUUAUUUUUAAUACAAAAUUGUG